GCUUGUCCAAGAACUAGCACUGCAGUAUGAGAUUUUACUUUCCUUAGGAAGCUAAGAGAAUAAUAAUGGAAUAUAUUUUCAUAGCUCAUUAUUGUUUCAUUAGAAACAAAUAUUUGGGGAGUUUGGGGAUUGGAGAAAGAUUUUUUGAAACUAAUACUUCUGGGUGCAUUAAACUGAUCAAAAGUAACAGUAAAACAAUAAAUUGAAAUAAAUGCUGUUCUUUUAAACUUUCAAUUGAUCAAAGAAUGCUAAAAUGUAUGACGGUUUCCACCUAAAUAUUAAGCAACACAACUGCUUUCAACAUUCUUAAUAAUAAGAAAUGUUUAUUGAGCAGCAAAUCUGCAAAUUAAAAUGAUUUCCAAAGGAUCAUGUGACACUAAAGACAAUGGUUGCUGGAAAUUCAGUAAAUUAUUUUUUAAAGUACAGAUAUUAUAAAAAAUAUUUCAUAUUAUUACUGAUUUUACUGUGUGAUCAAAUAAAUAUAGCCUUGGUGAGCAUUAGAGAUGUCUUUCAAAAACAUUUUACUAAGUAGGCGUUUAUUAUAUGACAGCAGAUUGUUUAGAGGUGAACUUUAUUUUGCCCUUAGGGCUGUGAAUAAAUCAUUGCUUAAGGACAGAUUCGACUGUGUUCAUUUUGCAUUUUUGUAAACAGGUUGAAUCAUCAUUACAGUCUAUGAUUUGCAAAUUCAAAUCAACAAUUUGCAAGAAAGAUGCACAGGAAGAGGUGGGAGUUUGCACCCAUGAGGAUCAUUUCUGGGACUGUCUUUUCAGUUACACAACCAAUAUUUGUUUUAAGUUGUUUUGAUGUGCACUUUGCACAAUACAGAUCAGAUCACAUCUCUUCUGUUAAUGAAAGAAAGCUCAGCACUGAUGUUCUUCAUCACUAUGCUUUGUGUACAUUUACAAUAAAAUCAAAAGUAGAUAAAGCAGAUGUAAGGCUAUUAUGAGGAAAUUAUGAUUUUGGAAGAAUAACAAUUUUGGCUGCCAAACUUUAAUCCAAACCACCAAAAGAAUUAAUAUUGAUAAAUUAUUUAUAAUAUUAUAUAUAUAUAUAUAUAUAUAUGUUAUGCCACCAUUACUUUAGCAAUGGCUAGCACCUUUGAACAGCCAUAAUCCUAAAGUGACAUUUUCCUCUUACCAUAGCAUUAUAAACAAUAAUCCCAGACCCUUAUGAAUACUUUCAGAUAUUGUUCUAUAUCACUUGUAAUAUAGGCAAAUAUAAUAUCUAAUUAAACCUUUUAACGUAGUAAAUAUGGUGACAAGUUUCAUUUAGUAAAAACGACAACUUUUCACCUACCCAUACAUAGGCUGCAUAGAUACGUAAGGAAGUUAGUUAGUGAAUAAAUAAAUACAUUUUAAUUAUAUAUUUAUAUAUUUUUUCAAAUAAACAAUUUCAGAUAUUUUAACAGAAUAAUCUGUAGUGCAUUAAAUGCUGGGAUAGCAGCAGGUGUCAUUUAGCCUAGUAGUAGGAACCACUACAACAUGACUUUGUCCUUACACGGAUGAGAUUGUUUGUGGUACGAGAUUGUACUUUUGACUGUCAAGUUUUGCAGUAGCCUAAGUGCACAACCGUCUGUGCACAGCAAGUUAAUAAAUAAAUAAAUUCAACAAGAAACGCGUUUGGCGAGCAUGAAGAAUCUCGUGCGCACAUCCGGGAGUUUGCAUCGGUUGACAGUGAGAGUUUGUUCAGCCUCACCGCUGCCUUUCUGCAGGAAUAAUGUUUUAUACUCACACAGUUUCAGUGAAUCUGCAGAUGCUGUCAGGUGCUUUACAAGCUACUCACGUUACAGAAGCAGUACCAGACAUUACGCCUCCUCAUCAGCACAUAAAACUGUUCGUAUCGGGUGCGCGUCAGGGUUUUGGGGUGAUACUGCAACGUCAGUUCCUCAGCUCAUAUAUGGUGGGAAAUUGGAUUUCCUUGUGUUUGAUUAUCUGUCUGAAAUCACCAUGUCACUGCUCUCAGCAGCCAAAGCUAAAGCACCUAAUAUGGGAUAUGCUCCUGAUUUUGUCCAUUCCCUUUCUCCAUUUAUUAAGGAUAUCAGCAAAAAAGGUAUCCGUGUGGUCAGUAAUGCUGGAGGUGUCAAUCCUCUUGCCUGUGGAGCAGCUCUACAGGAAGUAGUUCAAAAGGUGGGACUUGACUUGAAGGUAGCUGUGGUGACUGGUGAUGACCUGAUGUCACAGAAAGACUCUUUGACUGAACUCAGGAUGACUGAUUCAGAGGGAAAGAAACCACUUCCAAAGACCGUCCACAGCAUGAAUGCGUAUUUAGGCGCCCUCCCUAUUAAACGGUGCCUGGACCUGGGGGCUGAUAUUGUAGUGACGGGACGUUGUGUGGACAGCGCUGUGGUUCUUGGACCGCUGAUGCAUUCGUUUGCAUGGGACUGCAAAAACUAUGACCUGUUGGCUGCUGGAAGCCUUGCUGGUCAUCUGAUUGAGUGUGGUGCACAGGCCACAGGAGGGAUUUUCACAGACUGGCACACGGUUCCUGACUGGGAUAACAUGGGCUUCCCAGUGGUGGAAUGUUCUGCUGAUGGUUCAUUUACACUGUCCAAACCUCCAAAAACUGGUGGGCUGGUUUCAUUUGGUACAGUAGCAGAGCAAUUAGUGUAUGAGAUCGGAGACCCACAGCGAUACCUCUUGCCUGAUGUCACAUGUGACUUUUCCAAUGUCACCAUUACUGAGAUACCAGCUGUGGAUGGUGGAGCAGUGAGAGUAGAUGGUGCCAAAGGAUCACCUCCGUCAGCUGACUACAAGGUUUGUGCCACAUAUAUGGAUGGGUUCAGGGCAACGGCAGUUUGUCCUGUUGGUGGUCCGAGAGCUGUGGAAAAAGCCAGAAGAACAGCAGAAAGCAUUAUUAAAAGGACCCAGCGAAUUUUCAAACAGCUGGGUUUGGAGGACUAUGCUGAAGUCAACAUUCAAGUUCUGGGUGCUGAGGACACAUAUGGACCACAUGCGGUCGAUACAAGUCCUCGUGAGGCUGUGGUUUGGAUGGCCGUCCAUCACAAGCAGAAGAAAGCACUGGAGUUUUUCUCCAGGGAGGUGGCACCAGCGGGAACAGGCAUGGCUCCAGGACUCACAGCUAUUGUGGGAGGGCGACCAAGAAUAUCGCCAGUGCUGAAACCUUUCUUUUUCCUGCACCCCAAAGCAGAUCUGGAGGUGCACAUUCAUGUGAAUGGGGAGCUUGUGGAGCCACACAGAGAGGCAGUAUCAGAGCCUUCAUUAGCUGAAGGACACGACCCCUCCCUCCGCUCAGAGGAACACAGCCCAACACCCACAGAUCUGCCCUCUGGCCCGCAUACCUUCAGACUGGAGGAGUUAGCAUACACGCGCAGUGGAGACAAAGGGGACUCCUCAAACAUCGGGGUUAUUGCAAGACAUCCUCUGUAUUUCCCCUACCUGAAAAAGUGUUUAACUGCUGAAGUUGUGGAGCGGUAUUUCCAACAUUUGAUCAGAAAGGAUCAGACUGAUCUAUCCUCCGUCAUACGGUACGAACUGCCCGGCAUUCAUGGUCUGAACUUCAUUCUUCCAAACUCACUUGGAGGGGGAGGGGUGGCAUCACUGCGCAGCGACCCUCAGGGAAAAGCCUACGGGCAAAUGCUACUUGACUACAAACUGAGAGGCCUUCCUAAUUUGAAAUCACUGGUCGAUUAAAAAGGACAAGGACGAAUGAUGUCAGGGUGUGUGUUGAGACUUUUCAGACGUGUAAAAGUGCUAUAAAUAGGUAAUGUCAGAAAUGUUUGAAAAUCCCCAGAUGGAUUAUAUUAUGAACUUUGCAUGAUGUAAACAGUGUGUUCCGUUGUAGUUUGCGUCUACUAACAGUUCCCAAACUGUUCAAGCUAUUCCAAUGAAUCAAAAUGUGAACUUUUGUAGCAUAUAACUGUGCCUUUUAUCAGUUUUUACAUUUUAUCAUGUAAUUAAUACUCAUAUGAAAGAUUAGUAGUACGAAUGAGCGUUAAAAAAUUGUAUUUUAUCAGAGAAAACAAAAAUAAAGAGCUAAUUGAAGCUGAACGUCA